AUUUAUCAUUAUGUAAUUUGUUGAUAAAAAUUGUCACGCUAUUUAUUUCAUAUUGAUUACCGAUUGUGGUUGUGUUUUUGCAAUAUGGCGCCGAUCCUGUACAAGUUGGCAGCGAGUCCGCCCGCGUGCGCCGUGCGCAUGGUGGCUCACAUCAUUGGACUCAAACUGGACUACAAGGAACCAGAUAUUACUAAGAUGGAACACAAGUCCCCCGAGUACUUGAAGUUGAACCCGUUGGGGACGAUACCGGUGUUGAUAGACGAUGACUUCAUCCUGUCUGACAGCCACGCAAUAAUGAUCUACCUGCUAUCAAAGUACGGCGGUGAGCACGGCGAGCGACUGUACCCGAGCGACAUUCGCACGCGAGCUGUCGUCAACCAGGUCAUGUUCUUCGACACCGGGAUACUCUUCGUCAGGAUCAAAGUUAUUGCUCUGCCAACUAUAAUGGAAGGUAUGAAAGCACCUACGCAGAAGCACCUGAAUGACUUAGAGGAGGCCUACGGCAUGGUGGAGGCCUACGCGUCGAGGUACAAGUACAUCGCGGCCGACCACCUCACCAUCGCCGACCUGUCGCUGGCCAUGACCAUGGGAGCUGCACAGGUUCUGCACAAACUGAACCAUAAGAA